AUGCUUUUCAAGCUCCUCAAAUCUAGCGCGCUGCUCGUCCUCCUCCUAUACCAAAAUCUCUGCCAUGCAGCAACAUACUCGAAUCCUUUGCGACCUUCGGGGCCGGAUCCUGACAUUGUUUACCAUGAUGGUUACUACUACCUGAUCGCUACAAAUCAGGUUGACCUUACAAUCACACGAGCGAGGACCCUCGAAGGUCUCAGAAAUGGUGAGACCAAGCAAGUGUACAAAGAUACCGAUCCUAGCAGAUGCUGCACCGUCUGGGCGCCAGAGCUGCACUUUCUAAACAAUGCGUGGCACAUAUAUUAUGCAUCAAGCCCGUCCGGCUCAACGCAUUGCACCAGAUCUGACCGUGUCGUAGGUGGCGGGUCUCCCUGGGAUAUGCCAUACACUUACGUCGGCCAAGUUCGACCGGACUUCUCAAUUGACGGCACAAUUCUGAUAGCAAAUGGACAAUACUACUUCGUGUACGCCUGUCGACCUGAAAACGAGGACGUGCCAGAUCAAAGCAUUUGCAUCGCACCCAUGACUGGAGUCGCCACCACGGGAGCUCGCGCUGUGAUAUCUCGACCUGAUCAGAGCUGGGAAAAAGACAAUUUCCCUAACAACGAAGGACCUUAUGCCCUGUACAACGGCAGCCAAAUCUGGCUCGCAUACUCCGUCUCAUCAUGCUUCAGAACCGGAUACGCCAUUGGUCUGCUGACUUGGACUGGUGGUGAUCCUAUGCAAAUGUCAAGCUGGAAGAAGAGUGCUGGACCUGUCUUUGGGAGUGCGAAUGGAAAUUAUGGGCCUGGGCACAAUAGCUUCUUCAGGUCACCCGACGGCAAAGAACAGUGGAUGGCAUAUCAUUCAAAAAACGAAACGACCAAGGACGACUGCGGACAGACGAGAAGCGUCAAUGCAAUCAAACUGAAUUGGUAUUCAGACGGAAGUCCCGACUUUGGCCGUCCACCUCCAUUUGGGACGUUAUUGGCAGGGCCGAGUGGGGAGUAA